AUGUCCAUUCUUAUUUUUCGCAUCCUGCUGGCGUGUGCCGGCAUCCUUUGCGCUUGCGGUACGCGUCGGAAGGCCGACUAUAUCAAGUUGAAUUCGCUCAUGGGUCAAAAACUGGAGGUUGACGUUGAGCCAAGUGACACUGUGUUAGAUUUGAAGCGCAAACUUAGUACCAAGCAGAAACUACCUGUUGAUCAGCAGCGUAUAAUAUUUGAGGGUAAGAUGUUACAGGAUAACAAGACCCUUGCUGAGUAUAAUAUAAAGAAUAACUCUGUUAUACACAUGGUGCUGCGUUUGCGCGGCGGCAUGUGUUGUCCCCUUGGGCAGUCUGGUAUCGAUGUAAGAGAACUCUUUGAUAUAAUAAUGGAAGAGCUCAUUCCGUUAGUGAGUAAGCUUCAUGUUAUUCUAGCUCACGCGGGUGAGAGUAGUUUACAGCUGCCUGCGGUAGCAGUAGUUGGAGCCCAGUCUGUGGGCAAAUCGUCCGUUCUUGAGGCGAUCGUUGGCCGCCCUUUUCUACCCAAGGGCACAGGUAUAGUUACGCAGCGCCCGCUAGUAUUGCAGCUUCGUUAUGAUGCGGAUGCUAUCGAGCAUGGUGAAUUUGGUCAUAAGCGUAACGUGAUAUUUGAAGAUUUUGAUAAAAUCAAGGCCGAAAUUAAGAGUGAAACUGAGCGUUUAUUAGGCACUAGCAAAAAUGUGUCACCUGUGCCUAUAUUUCUCAAGAUUGUGUCGCCGAGGGUCGUUGACCUGACGCUAAUAGAUUUACCAGGUAUUACUAAGGUGCCAGUGAACGACCAAAACCAUGAUAUUGAUCAUCAAAUUCGUGAGAUGAUAAUGGAUUACAUAGCGCAGCCGUCUUGUAUAAUUUUGGCGCUUACGUCAGCGAAUACGGACAUUGCUACGUCUGACAGUUUGCAGAUGGCUCGGGAGGUUGACCCUAUUGGUUUGCGUACUAUAGGUGUGAUAACGAAGUGUGAUACUGCGGACGAGAGUUUCAGUGCCCUUGAUGUAUUACAGGGUCGUGUGUACAAGUUGCGUAGGGGUUAUGUUGGUGUGGUUUGUAAGGACAAAAGCGGUCUUCAUGACGCGCGUCACAAUAUCGCUGAAGAGGACGCUUUUUUCCGUAACCAUCCUACAUUUGGCGCUGUUUCGAAAAAAUGUGGUAUCCGUCACUUAUCGGCGUUGUUGAACGACAUCUUGACGCAUCACAUUAAAGAGAUGUUGCCUUAUGUUAAGAGUAAGCUUUUGGCUAUAAUGCACGAGCGUGAGGCUGAGUUAUCGUCAUACGGUCUCGGUUCUCUUGCCGAUACAUCAUCUCCUGGUGGCUGUCUGUUACAUUUCUUCACAUCAUUUUCUCAAACCUUCAGGGAUAUGAUUAGUGGUCGUACAUCAUCUAAGUCUCAUUCCUCUGAGAUUUUUGGUGGUGCUCGUAUUUACUACAUUUUUAAUGAUAGUUAUUUGAAGACUCUCAAGGCUUUUAGUCCUUUAGCAGGUCUUUCUGAUAUCGAGAUUCGUACCGCCAUAAGGAACUCUACAGGUCCCGCCUCUGCAUUGUUUGUACCCGAGAUUGCAUUUGCUAACCUUGUGAAGAAGCAGAUUAAUCUUCUUGAGGCGCCUUCAUUGCAAUGUGUGGAUCAGGUAUACGACGAGCUUCUGAACAUCCUUGACAGUUGUGAUGUCCCCGACCUUGAUCGUUUUGUGAACAUGCGUAAGCAUAUGUUAUCGGUUGUGAAGGAGCUUUUGAAGCGUUGUGUGGAGCCUACUAAGAACAUGAUUCGUGAUUUGAUCAAGAUAGAGCUUGCUUAUAUCAAUACGAACCACCCCGACUUUUUGAAGAGCAACGUUUUGGCCGAGGCAUUUCAGCAACGUAGUCAUCAACGUGAUUAUACUCCGACAUUUGUUCCUGGUUCUCAAGCCUCACGUCCAUUAGUGCGACACUCGGUUCAAAUUGAUGCUACGUCUACGUCUGCCGAUUCGGUUACCUAUUCCACUCUACCGAGGGCAUCGCACUACGAUAGGCAAGUCGUCAACAACGACCUUUAUUCAAUCCUCCGCAGUAGGAUGGGAGAGCGUCGAGGUACUAGAUCUGACGGGUCUAUGGAUGAGGAUGCCCCUUCACUUUGGCUUCCUACUAUUCCCAAAGUGGUUAGCCUUGGUAACGACCCUAGUGAGCGUGAGGUAUGUGAUUUAAUUUUUGAAAGGGCUAUAUUUUUUAGGAAAAACAUUGCCGACGCCGUUCCUAAAUGCAUAAUGCAUUUUAUGGUAAACCGGACCACGGAUUCUGUCCAGCAGGAGUUGAUAUCUAAUUUGUAUAAGAAGGAGCUUUACGACGAGCUUACGGCUGAGUCCAGCCAUAUAAUAGAGCGUCGUGAGCGAUGUGUGGACACUAUCCGUUUGUCGACCGGAGCACUUACACGAGUACCAGCCGUUUCUGUGGGCCUUACUGUAGACGAGCUCCUUCUUAACUUGAACAAGUUUUCCAAGAACAAGUUACCAGGGAAACUGAAGGAUUCUAUUGUCAAAACAGCUUCGUUGGUGUCGAUUAUGUAUGCCGAAAGCACGUUGCUGUGUACUAUCGUGACAUGUAUAUGUCCAUCGGUUAUAGAAUAUAACAUUGAGUUACAGGCUUUUGGUAAAAUUAAGCUUGUUUUGCGGGAAAAUCGCUACUGGGUGGAGUCUCAUGAUAAGAAGGAGUUGGAUCUUUUGCUUAAAAACCCUGUUAUCCGUAGUUCACGAAUUGUGGGCACGACUUGGGGCAAUCACGGUAUUUCCGCUACGCCGAGUACUUCCAGCGCCCCUCGUCCGAAUGACGUGGACUAUGUGACAACGUCAGUCCCCACCGCUGAUGUAUCUAGCAUUAUGUUCAACACUAAUGAUCAUGGUGUGAAUGCGCACCCGGUUCAGGAGUCUAAGAUGCCCGUGGCCAUUGAAGGUAUGGGCCGUAUAUCGCAAGAAUCUUCUGGGACAAGUGAGGUGUACUCUUUCGAGGUUCAUCAGGAGAAGAUCGAAGAGCUUAAACGUGAAGCUUUGCAGUCGAUGCGUCGUCCUCUUGUGAUGGAGUAUGAUUUCCGUAAAGAUAAACAGACGCCGACUUUAGACUGUUGUAUACGUACUACUAUAAAGAUCCGUUACUAUCAGGAGCGGGCUCUUCGGCGUAUGUUUAGCAACGGUCGUGCGAGGUCUGGUAUCAUAGUACUGCCUUGUGGAGCUGGUAAAACUCUUACUGGUAUAUUGGCUGCCUGUACUGUUCGUAAGCCUAUAUUUGUUUUGACUACGUCGGCUGUUGCUGUUGAGCAGUGGGUGAAGCAGUUUAUGGAUUUUACAAAUAUCUCUCCUGAGAGGUUGGUUACUUUGACAUCGGAUAACAAGAACAACUUGUGGGACAGCAAAAGUGCUGGUGUGGUGAUAUCAACUUAUACUAUGAUGGCAUAUUCCCGUAAACAUCGUGAGGGUACUGAGAACCUUUUAACCGAGAUAAAGCGUCGUGAUUGGGGUCUGUUGAUAUUCGAUGAAGUUCAAUUCGUCCCAGCUCCUGCUUUCAGGCGUAUAAACGAGAUCGUACGUUCUCAUUGUAAAUUGGGCCUCACUGCUACUCUCGUACGAGAGGAUGACCUCAUUAAGGAUCUUCAGUGGUUGAUCGGUCCCAAGUUAUAUGAGGCUAACUGGCUUGAAUUACAAGAGAAGGGUUUUUUGGCUAAGGUGAUUUGUAAGGAGAUUUGGUGUCCAAUGACAGCUGCUUUUUAUCGUGAAUAUUUAAGGAGUGAUUGUGCUAAGAAGCGUAAAUUAUGGUCAUGUAACCCUGUGAAGCUUGCUACAUGUGAGUAUUUGCUCAAGUAUCACGAAUCUCGUGGCGACAAGGUAACAUCUGCUGAGCGUAUUAUUAUCCUUGACAAGUUCAAGAAUGAGAAUACGUUUAACUCCAUAAUUCUGUCCAAGGUUGGAGACAAUGCGCUGGAUAUACCUUGUGCUAAUGUUGUGAUUCAAAUAUCAUUUAAUUUCGCUUCACGUCGUCAGGAGGCACAACGUUUAGGGCGUAUCCUCCGUCCGAAGAGCAAGAGCGAUGAGAGUGGUUUUAACGCCUUUUUCUACAGCCUUGUGAGCAAAGACACGCAAGAGAUGGUUUUUGCUGACAAGCGUCAGCAAUUUAUUAUCGACCAGGGUUACGCUUACAACGUCACAAGUUCCUCGGAGAUUGUCAAAGACGAGAAUGACUUGAUAUAUUGUCGUCCCGAGAUUCGUGAUGAGUUGCUUCGUGACAUAGUUCUUGCAAGUGACGAGCCUGAUGAAGAGGAGGAUGAUCACGUUUUUGAGGGUAAGGGCAACCCUCAGCAUGAGGAUUUGGGUAUGUAUACAAACCCUAGACGUACAUCUCUGUCUACUCUUACGGGUUCAUUGCACAAGCAAUAUUUGCGUCGUACUAAGUCCACGGUCAAGCCCAAGAAGCGUAGCGCCCGGAGUUUGAGUAGCCAGCACCCUAUGUUUCGGAAUAACAUGUUAAAACAUCAUGUCUUUCAUUCCACUAAGGUAAUCUCGGCCAAAGGUGCCGCCUUCCGUAACUUUCAAGGCACAAAAGGCCGUUAUUUCAUGGUAUUAUCGCAUUAUCGUCAUUUUUCAACGCAAAAUUCUAAUUUUUAUCAUGAAAUUGACCGUAUUAAAACGAUCCUAGCUCACACAUCUCAGGAGCCUUCAUAUGUCUACUCGGAGUCUUUGAAAGAACGCAUUGGAUCUCUCGGCAAGGAAGCGGGGUUGGCCAACGAUCCGGAUGCUAAGGCUAUCGUAAACCGUCUAGCAGAAGACGCUGAAAGGUAUCACGAUACUGUAGUCGGCUAUAUGUGUAACCGUGAUAUAUACAAUCAGGCUGCACAAACAAAAAUCACUAAUGAUGUUAACCUCAAAUACGGUAUAGUUGGAGUAUCGCUUAUGUGCGUAUUCGGGUCACUGGCGGUAUCACUGCACCCAAUCUUCUUGCUGGUGAGUGGCACCUUGCACGUUCGUAUGACUAAUCAGGGCUGCGCGCUUGGCGGGUAUGUAUACAGGCCGGUUUUUAGACAAAGCCGCAUGAAAGAAGAAACGACGAAUAAUAUGGAAAGAUACCUGAAAAUCUGUAAAGAUUACAAGCAUAAAAUGACACAACUACAUAAAGAUAUAGCUGAACAAAUUGGAACUCUUGAAGAAAAUAUCGCAUCAAACCGUAAGAUCUCGACAAAAAAAUCUUGA